CGGCAUUUUAAAAAUGGCUUACCUUGCGUCUGAUAUAAAUCCAUUCUAUUUUUCGAAAAUCAUCAUCUAGUCACAACAAGUGAAAGCUGUAUAGAAUAAUAAAAAUGAGACGAAACAGUGAUAUCUCGACAACUCUGAAUUUGGAUAAUUUAAAGGAGCUGGAAUCAACUUAUCUAGACUGUGUGGGAAGUAAGCCAACACCUGCAUCAGCUUUCAUCAGUAAGAUAAUGAGAAUGGAAUAUGAUCUCGAUAAAAAGAGUAAAACUACAACUUAUCAUUCGAUUGCUUUGUUUCUAAAAACUUCAAAUUAAACUUCACAUCCAACCAACUUUAUUUACUUAAUACCAUUAUAUAACAUUUUGUUACAGUGAUGAUAAGCUUUUCGCAAUCUACUUAAAACUCUGUGGCAACAACCAUCAUUUAGACGCAGUUCGACUAACUGAUAGUGACCUACCACCACUUUGUCUGGCUCUAUCACUUAAACCAUGCAUUACAAUGUUAGAUUUGCGCUAUAAUCGCAUAACGGAUCAAGGAGCAGAAAAACUAUCUAAUUUUUUAGAUACUGAUAACCUCUUGGAAGAGUUAAAUCUCAUGGGCAACGAUAUAACUCAAAAAGGUGCAGAAUUUCUGGCUUCCUCUCUAAAGAAAAACAAAAACUUGGUUAUUUUGAAAAUGACUGGGAAUCCUAUUGGAUCUAAGGGUGGUUUAUUUUUUGCCCAAGCUUUGCAAGUGAACAACACACUUGAAUUCAUUGAUCUUGGAGAAUGUGAUCAGGAUAUAACCAGUUGUAUUGCAUUUGCCACUGUUUUAAGAAGAAACAAGUCCAUAAUUGGGAUCAAUCUGAAUCGGCAGAUCCUAUGGACACUGCAAGAAGAACCAACUGUUCACUUAGCUGAUAUGUUGUGUGUGAAUAGAACUUUGAGAGAACUGCAUUUAGCUAAAUGCGAUAUGCGUGAUUUUGGAGCAGCACGUUUAUCUGAAGCACUGGAGCGCAAUGAUACUUUGGAAUUGUUAGAUAUAAGCGCCAAUCGUGUCUCACGUGAUGGGGCAAUUUCUUUAUCUAAAGUAAUCAGCUUGAAUUGCCCGCUGGUUAUAUUGGACCUAGCGUUCAAUCGAUUGCAGUGUAAAGGUGCUAAAGCUUUGGCCAAUGCAUUGCUUUAUAAUACACAUUUGAAGGUCCUCGCAGUACAGUCAUGUGAACUAAAAGGACCUGGACUUUGUGCAUUGGCUGAAUCACUUAUUACCAACGUCACAUUGGAAUGUAUUUAUGUUUGGGGCAAUGAACAUGAAGAAUCAGCGUGUAUUGCAUUUGCCAAUUUAAUCUAUACUAAUCGUCUAAUGGAGAAUUGUACUGAUGUUAGACCAUAUGUAGUUGAUGGUCGAACAUAUUUAGCUCUAUUGGAUCAUGAUUGCACUUAUAGACAAUAUCGGUUUUCCGUGCCUUGGUGGAAGUUUCAAGCACCAAACGAUCGAUCAAUUGCACUUUUUUGACUUUUACUUUAUCUCAUUUUAUUCAUUUUUUUCUAUUUUCUUUUUCUUUCACUAUCACCUGCUGAUUGUUUUCAGUAUUUUCACCUUAAAAAUUGGAAAAAGAGAAAAGAAUAUUAAAUGAGCUGUUCAACAGAUGUCAUUGUUGACUUAAUCAAAAACUACUUGAAUUUUAUUUAUCUUGAGAUAAUUGAUAUUUUUCUAUUACAGUUGAUCUGAUCUUUGUCUAGAGUAUUAAAUGUCAUAAGUAUUAUUAUUUUCAGAAAUGGAUAAUAGUACGAAAUAAA